AUGAAAAAGGUGCUAGGGAUUAUGUUUCCUUUAUCGUCAGCAUCUCAAGAUACAGCAGAGGGUGGGACAAUGUCAUUAAAACAUCUAUCUACCCCUACGGCUUCUAAAGCUUUAAACUCUGCAACUGUUGAUGCUCUUUCCGUCUCAGAAUUACGUGCUGGUAUGCAACAGUUUCUUCGCUCAAGUGGAGCAUUAGGUUCACUAAAGACACAACUUCGCAGCGUAAUUGUGUCUGAAUUAUUAAAACGUCAGGGACCAUCACCUAGGGUAUCAGGCUCAACAGCACCAAAUGAAGAAAGAAAUGAUGAAACUGAUAAUCGAGAAAAUGAUGCAUGGACAGAGCGACUUGUUGAUGCACUUGUGGAGAAUCAUCUACGUCACACAGGUCGCUCAUUCUCUCUCGCUAUUUUUAGCACAGAAGCAGAUGUCUCUUUUGGUACUGCUGGUGAUGAUGCAUUAGCAGGACUACUUCAUAUAAACAAUUUUUCUUCACCUUUGGGUUCACGACGUGGUUCAAGUCUUUUACAGAAUGUUGUGGAGUCACAUCUGAGACAUGUGGGGGAUCUAGAGGGACGCUCAGCGGCGUACACUGUUGGGACCCAGACAGAUGAUGCUCUUGAUCCUUCUGCCUCCUCCUCACCUAUACCGCUUGAGCAACGUCUUGCUGCCGUAGAUGCGAAGUAUGCACUUUGCUUUGCACGCCUUGGGCAAUCCACACGCGAAGAGAUGGACCGCCGUCUUGCCGCCCAUCGCGAGGAGUUGCGUCUGCAGAUGGAAGCGGAGUACCAACAGCGUGUGCGUGUGUUUGAGCGGGAGCAACUGACCGCAGCCCGGCGGGAGGCGGAGGAGCACUACGCGGUGUUGCUGGAGCACAAGUUGGUGGAGGCGCGGGCGACGGCCUCAGCGGCGGUGGAGGCGGCAGCGGCAGAGCGGCGGCGACUGGCGGAGGCGCGGGCGGCGGUGGAAGCGGCGGGGGCGACGGCCGCAGCGGCAGCGGCGGGACUCCGCCGGGAACUCGACGAGGCCCUCGCAGCCGCAGAGGCGGCGGGGCGACGAGAGCGGACGGCGCGGGAGGAGGCGCGGGGACUCGCAGCGCGGCUCCAGCGGGCGGAGGAACUCAGCGCCGUUCGGCUCGCAGAGGGUGAAGCCGCGCGUGGGCGGGAGUGGCGCCGCGUGGAGGACCUUAGACGUCUGCAGGCCGAACACGCCGCAGAGUUGCUGCUUAAGGAUGAAGAGAUUGGUCGUCUUCGUCUGCGGCUCAAGACACUCGUAGCCGCACAUAGCGCAGGUGACAAGGACACACUGAGUGAGGCACUUGAAAGGGCAAUGGAGAUACAAAAACGUGUCGCGGGAGCUACCCAACUCGCACCCCAUACAGAUCAACAAGACCGAGAAGCCAUGUGGAACUCAGCUUGGUAUUCUACAGUCCCAAUGCAAUCAACGGAUGAGAGUAGACUGAGACCUCCAAGGGAGACUACAUAUAGAGAAGAGACUCCAUCUGCAAUGCCAGGUGGUCCCCAAAUGAGAGUAGUAGAAAAAGAAAAAAAGGAUGAUGUCGUACCCGAGAAUAUUUCACCUUCCUUAAACCCCACUCCUCAGAUGGUCAUCGAUGUUACAGAGUCUUUACCUCAGGUAAGUAACUCUUUUGAUACUGCUGGAAAAAUUCCAUCUGCUGUGGAAAAUGAAAUAGAGACAAAUGUUAAACUAGAAGGGGAAAAAGAAUCAAAGAGUGAAAAUAGUAGUAGGAAGAGCAGUAUUAGUGAUCAUAUGAAGAUUGAUAGUCAAGAGACUUCAAAAAAAGACAAAUCCCCUUCCUCUGACUUAUCAGGGGCCGAAUCAAAAGAAAAAAAUGUGACCAGAGAGAAUGACAAAACACCCGUUCGAUCUGUAGCAACAACAACAUCAUCAUCAUCAUCAUCAUCAUCAUCAUCAUCAAAGGCGUCAGUAAAAUCAUCAUCCUCGCCUACAGCGCAAUCAUCUACCUCUUCAUUACGAAGUGAAGGGGGAAAGAAUACAGUGACAACAACUGCAACAUCAACAGCAGAAACAGUAACAGAAGAUACUACUACUGCUGCUGCCGCCGCCGCUGCUGCGUCUCUUAUCGCGCAACAGGAAUCGUUACAUUCUGAAGAAGCGCAAGCACGUAGUAUUAUUGUACAAGAGGAAGAUUCUUCCCGUCGUGGUAUCACGUGGGCCGCAAAGUCACAGCAUAACGUCCUAUUGCAGCGUGAGAAGGCUGAAAAAGAGGAAUCUAAUAACAAUGACAUACUCGGUGUACCGUCGUUAGGAGCCUAUAUGUCUUCGGCUCAUCAGCAACAAUUUGCAGGGGGCGGUUUAGACACACUAUACUCAGAAGAUGACAGUAGCAGCAGCAAUGGUAUUCUCUUUGGUCGUAGGGGGAGUAGUGAAGAGUCCUUCUAA